AUGCACUCCGGAGAGAGGCCCUUCACCUGCUCCGACUGUGGCAAGAACUUCAAGAUGGCACAACACCUGAAGGUGCACAGCACCUGCGCCCAGUGUGGCAAGGGCUUCACGCAGUCUGCUCACCUGCUGGUGCACCAGCGCACCCACACCGGCGAGCGUCCCUACACCUGCGCCCAGUGCGGCAAGAGCUUCACCCGCUCCUUCGGGCUGCAGUCCCACCAGCGAGUGCACGCUGGCGACCAUCCCUUCCCCAGCCCGGUGUGUGGAGAGCACUUUGCCAUGGCCUCCCACGCCCUGCCUCAUCAGCGCGUGCACACCAGUGGCCAGCCCUACGACUGCCCGUACUGCGGUGAGGAGUUUGACAGCUCGCGGGGGUUGCGGCAGCACCGGCGGACCAACGCUGGCGAGCAGCUGCUCACACAGUGACGAGAGCAUGGGGGCUGCAGGAGUACCAGCCGAUACACACCUGAGAGAGACCCUUUGUGUGCGCUGAGUGUGGCAAGGGUUUCACCCGCAUGUCCAGCCUGUGGCAGCACCAGUGUACCCACAGCGGUGAUCGUCCCUUCCCCUGCCCUUCCUGUGGUAAGGUCUUCACCCACCUUGGCCACCUGCAGGAGCACCGGCGAGUCCACACCGACCAGCACCCCUUCACCUGCCCGCUCCUCCAGCCUGCUGGCACACCGCCACGUGGAUAGGCGCUGUUUAGGUAAACACAAAAUGGUGGAAGGAAUGGGUAAAGUUUCGGGUCGUUUCUUCAGUCACCCAUUUCUUCUCUCCAGAGAUGCUGCCUGUCCUGUUGAGUUACUCCAGCACUUUGUGUCCUUUUUUGUAACCCAGCAUCUGCAGUUUCUCGUUUUUGAACCAAUCUGGUUAACCAUCAUUGCACCUUCCCCAAAGCAUCCACAUCAGUCCUGUAAUGGUGACCAGAACUGUGUGCAAUACUCCAAAUGCUACCUGACCAGUCCUUUAAAGCUGCACAUAUGCAUCCUCUCUUCCCCCCUCCCUCUACUCUCCCUCGCACUCGUACACAAAUUCUCUCCACACUCCCUCUCUCUCUCCCUGUCUCUCACACACACCAUCAACACCCCUUCCCUCCGGUGCCACUCCCAGGCAGAAAUAAAUAGCUUCCUCCCCUCCCCACGUCUCCUCCGUACAUGUCCCACACCCUCUCUGUCCCUCUCACAAACACACACACAUUCCCUCUCUCUGACACACGCACCCCUCUCUUGCUGUCUCUCACACAACCUGUCUCGCUAUUGCGCACACACCCUCUCUCUCUUGCUCUCUCUCACACAUUCCCU